CAUAUCAUCGUGCUGUUUCGCUUCUUCUGCUGAAUAUGCCAGUAGGAAGACUGUUUCACCACUCCCUAGAUAUAAUAACCAUCGAAUCUUCUCACAGCUCAUCGAUAUUCUCGUACCUCAUACAAUCAUUCACCACCCACACAAACACCCAGUCGCACGUUGCAGUAAAUAGUACUAUAGAAACAAUGCAUAUCCAGCAAACCACGCAAACAACAGCACCGAUCAAGGACAUCAAAUCAACCCCAUCUUCCGAUCAUACCAAGAGCCAAAAGCAUAACAAUCGUCCAAUACAACAUCAUCAUCAUCAUCAUCGCCUCCUAUCCUUCAUUACUCCCCACCUCCAACCAAUCAUAUGAACCCAUUACGCGUAGUCCUUCGACAGACCCCCCUCCUCUCUCAACCCCAACAACACCACCCUCACCUCUACCAACCACUCCCACACAUACCCCAUCGGGUUCAGUAAGCUCUCAACCGGAGUAUGCGGGAGAAGCGCGUCAUGGAAUUGCGUCAUGGUGAAUCAAUCAGCUACCACCGACACUAACAAUCCACAACUUAACAACCAAGCUUGAAGAUGAGUAAUUGAUUUAAAAGAACAGCAGCACACUUGUAAUUCAAAUUGUAGAGAUUAAGAAGAAUAAAUCAGGGAGAAAAACCACCACC